AUGUCUCCAAGUUUCGACGGAUGUGUACUCCAGACAUACGACGCAAGAUAUUUCUCAUUUCAAGAAAAUCCUACAGAAUGUGUUGAAAAUGACUCUGAGGGAAUUCUGUUACCACUACCAGAAAAUGUAGUUGUAGAAGAGUUAACUCCCUGCCUUGAAUCAAAAAAUAUUAGGCACAAAAUUGUUACGGAGGAGCAAAACAUAUAUCCACUGAGUGAAGAGUUAAUCAGUGGCAUUCAUACAGAGAGGCUUAAUGUAGAAUGUGUGUUGCCAAAGUCAGUGUCAUUCAUGUCAGUGGUGGAGACAAAGUGUGAAUUACAACAAAAGAAAACCAAGUCUGUAUCUUUAGGGCAGCUGUCUUCAAGGAGACAAAGGAGAAAAGCUGUCAGUUACAACUCAGAGGACCGCCCCUCCUUCAGACUAAAUGCAAGUGAUUUACUACAGAGAAGCAGUGAGGAUAGCUCAGUGAAAAAUAAGAAAGCAAAUGAGAUACCAAGUCAGGCUUCAGUGGAAGAAACAGACAGCCCAUUAAAGAAGGCAGUUGAAGCAAAUUUUCAUGAUGACCAAGACAAUGGAUUACAUUGCAUGCCUGAGACUCACUCAUUACUACCCUUAGAUCAGUUGUUUUUGAGUGAACUGAAGCUCUGGAAGGGAGAAGUUGCUGGCAGUAGUAACACCUCCAGUGCCCUUAUGCCAGUCCUAGAACUGCCAGGAAACCCAUCAUCCUUCGCAGUUUAUGCUCAUGUGCGUGGAUUGGUGCUGGAGAAUGCAGCCAGGCAAGCACAGAGUGUAUAUCUGGCCACAACACAACCUUUGCCCUCAGACUCUGACACGGACGAUGAGGGGGACAAGGGUAGAGACCCUGAUAUUCAGAUUCCCAAGAUGGUUGGUCUUGGUCUGGUUAGUGUAUACGAGUUGAUACGUGGGUCAGUGUCUGCAUAUCCGGCGCUGUGUAUACGAGCUCUAGAGGCACUACUGGACAUCCUUCAAGGGCAGCAACCAGAAGCUUUGAGGAGUGAACCACCAGAAGUCAUAGAUGCCCUUUUUACCCUGCUCCUGCGGCUGGCCACAGCAAGCAAUGGAGAUGUACUAACUUGCCCAUCAUCCCCUCUGGUGGGUGUAGCAUGUGCCUGUCUCUUGUCUUUGGUGGUUGCACGAGGAGAGACAGGCAAAUUCCUCAGAGCCACAGCUGACGUUCUUAUGACCUCUCGCCAGCUGGCUAGUCAGAGUAUCCAGGUUCCAGUCAUUCUAACGCUACUUCAACGGAGUGUCCAUGCAGUGCUCCUAGGAAAGACAUCUAGACCUGACUGGCUCACCUGUGGAGUUCCUAAAUCAGCUCUUAUUGACAAGUUUUCUGUAAAAAUAAUGACAGAUGGUGAAGAGUCCAAAGAAGAGAGCACAAUGACUUGUGAUGGCCACUAUUUAUAUAUACAUAAUGGCCAUGGCCUUUUUAAGAUUGGCUCAGGAUUUGGGGGAACCAUGAAAGGACAUGUCUACAUUCACCGUCCAGAUUUCUACCCAAAGCAGAAGGGAUGGCUAGGCUUUGCACAUGGUGAUGUCUUCUAUCGACCAGAAGCAAGCAACGGAGAGCUGGUUGUUAUUGACCGUGAGGUGCUCAAGGUGUCGGAAGUGUAUCAGUGUUCUUCCCCCGGAUGGUGUCGUGGGUUGCCCUUUAGUGACGGAAUUAACAUUGGCCACAUUUCACCUGACAGAGAGGAUGGUUUUGUGGUGAGGACAUACAAUCCUUUAGUGAAACCAAUGCCACUUGUCAAUGAGCUGGGGCUGAGUUUGGCAAUCAGGUGUAUUCAGGUUUUUGGUGGUCCAGAACAACAGUCAACAUUGUCAGCAGGUCUGGAUGAGGAUAUACUUAUGGUUGCAGCAGGAAAAGAAUUCACUCUUGUUAGAACAGUUGGUGGCAGGGUAUAUUACAGUGGGAAAGCAUCUUCUGUGGGUAUGAAGCAGGGCAGCAGUAGUAGUGCAGCUGCCAGCAGCAGUGGGGCUGGAGGUGCCAUUGUCAGUGCCAGUGGAGUAGCUGGCACAAGUGCAGGUGGAUCAGGUGGUGCAGGAUCAAGUGCUGCUGCAGGUGCAAGUGGUGGAGGUAUAGUGAAUGGCCCCAAUACUCCAAGCGCUCCAACUGGAAGGUGGCCAGAGUUGACCAUUACUAAGUCUCCACGCAUUGUACAUCUGUCAGUGGGGCAUGAGGGGCAGCAUUCUGUUCUGGUGUCAGAUGAGGGCUCGGCUUUCUUUGUUGGAACUGCAAGACGUGGGGAAGAUGGGGAUUCAAGUAAAGGUCGUCGGCAACCAAAACCAGUCAAACCAAAGAAGAUGAUAAAGUUAGAUGGACAUUUUGUCACCAAUGCAGCUUGUAAUAACGGAACCUCUGCACUUGUAACACGGGAUGGGGAGCUCUACAUGUUUGGCAAGGACACUUCACAUUGUGACAGUACCACAGGUCUUGUCACUGAUCUGCGGGAUGUCCAUGUGAGUGCAAUAUCUUUAGGUAAGGCUCAUGCUAUUGCCCUGACAAACAAAGGCCAGAUUUACAGCUUUGGGAUCAACAAUAAAGGCCAAUGUGGAAGGGAUUUUGUGCCACAGAUCAAGGAAGGAACAGGCAUGUCUAUGUCAGUUGGGCCAGCAGGGGAGGAGGACAUAGAGGAUGAAGAUGGUGCUGAGAGUGAAGAGGGGGGAGAAGGAGGCAUGUGCCCGCCUGGCCGACACCGAUGGGUCCGUGACCAUUGCCUUGUCUGCACAGUCUGCCAUGAGUGUACAGGCUACGGAGCAGCCUGUGUGUCCAGUGGGAGACCCAACAGAAAUUCAGGACAACCCUGUGGAUGUGGUGCGGGUGACUCUGGCUGUGCUGAGUGCGGAUGCUGUCGGGCUUGUGCCGAUGAGCUUGGGGGUGAUAGUGACCAAGACCCAUUCUCACUCAUGCAGGGACAGCACUCAGGACUGUUUGGUUUCCCCGAAGUGGGUAAUCUGGGAGGGAACAUCUUCGGGAGAGCCUCAGGCCGCUUGCAAGAUCAACUCCAGAGGAGGCUUGAUGAGCGUCGCCAUCGCCCACGACAUCGGCAUUCAAGAUAUGCUCCAACCCCAGUCAGGAAAGGGCCAGGUGUCCAAGCCUCGGCCAGAGAGGGGAACAUGGGCAACCUGGGCCAGUUUGAGGCCAGGCUGCUACGCCUCCUUGCCCCCUCCUCCAACGCUGCCGCCGGGAGUCCAGCCGCGGCCGGCACUGCUAGUCCCGCCCCCGCCCCCGCAGGCCCUGACCCCGCUGCCAUAGCUGCUGCUGCCCUUGACCCUCUUGCUGCCAAUUACAUCCUAGAGCCACAGCAAUUUUUGGUCAUAGUUGAUUGUUACAUUGGGUCAUACAGAGAUGCUGUUGAAGUUAAAGAAUACACUUAA